AUGAAUAGUGAGGGUCUAGACAAGUCAUCAAUAUAUGAUGCCCAUUACAAUAAACUUAAACAUGUAUCGGACACAUUUAAGCGUCGUUACAAGGUAACGCUAAAUGAGGUUUUGUUCCUUGCAUCAUUUGUGGCGAAUUUCAUUUUAUCGAGAUUGAUUCAUUUUGGACUGCCCCAAGAAGAAGUGUACAACUAUUACAAUGAUAAGAGAAAUGUGCUUAACCAGUGGUUUGUCAAACGCGGAUGGGGAUGGACUACUUUGGCUGUAGUGUUGUUCUAUUCCUUAUUUGCUGUGCCGCAAAUAUUGAAUUCUAAUUUAACAACUGCAACAGCAGCACGAACAACAGCAACAGCAAGAAGAGUGGAUGAAAAUGAAGAUGAUUCAGUUCUGGUGAGUGGGAAAAAGGAAAAGAAACUUUACACUACCAAGUCUGAAAGGUUAAGCAAGUAUUUGUUUGGGGCUAUUGUGCGAUACCUUCUUCUGACCAUAUGGUGGGUUUUAUUUACACAAUGGUGUUUUGGUCUUCCUAUCAUGGACAAGAUUUUCGUUGUUUCUGGAGGUGCUUGUGUUAUUGAGCCACCGCAAUUUGCUGCAUCGCAGCAAAAGAUAAGCAACAGUCAACAUUUGUUUGGGAAAUUUAUUCAAGAUUUGGAAACGUUGGUUUGGAGAAGUUCUUCUGUUUCCUCGUAUCAUUGUAGGAAGUUACGAGGUAACUGGGAAGGAGGACACGAUCCACUGGGCCAUGUGUUUUUAAUGAUCCAUUCUAGUUUGUAUUUGUAUUUGGAGUGUGCGGCGUGGUUUGAUUGGAAGUCUUUGGUGAGAUGCGUGUCGUAUGUAUACAGAAAGUUGCAGAAUUAUGGAGGCAAAUCGUUGGUUAGAGGAUUUGAACAUAAUGAAAAGUUGUUUGUAGGUGAGUUGGCACAGUUGAGUGUUGUUUUGUUGAUUUCAUUAUGGUGGUUUAUGUUGCUUAUGACUAAUAUGUAUUUCCACUCGAUUGCCGAGAAAUUGGUUGGUUUAGUAUUUGGAUACGUUGGAGUAUUUGCUAUAUACUUUGUGCCGAGAUGGGUGAAGUGA